GUGUAUCGGAACUCUCUUUCUAAGAAGCUGGAAGUUACCAAGUGUGGUGUCGAUAUCUCUUUCUGUUGUAACAGAUUAGAUUUAUUCGAGUUAUACGUAAAACGUUGCGAUGUGAUCGUAUCAUUACAUUGAAUUUUCUUAAUUAUUUAUGAAAUAAAGUCAAUAAUUCUGGAUUAAUCCAUGAUAACAACACUUAUUAAACAUAGAGGCUGAAGAUUAACGAAAUGGCAAGCAGUAAACAGAGUUUUACGGCUGCUCAAAAUCAGCUCGUACAAUGGAUAAACGAGGCGGGUAUGGCCGAGGGAGGCCGAAGGGCCGAAUUGUUAAGAAAAGUCAUCGAACUGUUGCUUCACCAGUGCUCUUCAAUGCUCCCAGUGUAUGUAGAAAACGUAUUGAGCUUCGUCAACGACAAAUCUACCGAAGUCAGGAAACAGGUCAUAUCUUUUAUUGAAGAUUUAAGUAAACAACACCCAGACUUCUUACCAAAAAUAAUAGGGCAGCUUCGGCUAUUGGUUAUUGACGGUGUGAUUGCUGUCCAAAAGAGAGCCAUACAGGCAUCCAGUAUUAUUUACCGUAACACUCUCAUAUGGAUAUGUAAGGGUACCGCAGAUAUCUCAGACAUGCAGCUAGUCUGGGAGAACAUCACACAACUGAAGUUGCUAGUCCUAAAUAUGAUAGACAAUGAUAACGAAGGUAUUAGGACCCACUCAAUCAAGUUCUUGGAGGAGGUAGUGUUACUGCAGACAACCAGUGAAGGCUCUGGAGAUGAGUUCAGCCUGGAGACACUGCCUCCAAACCUCACUUUCAUCAAUCGACGGGCUUUAGAAGAAGAAUCUGAGCACAUUUUCAAAUUGCUAGUAAAAUUCCACAACUCCCAACACAUAUCUAGCGUGAACUUGAUGGCUUGUAUGACGACACUGUGCCUACUCGCUAAGUUCAGACCAAAGUUCAUGCCCCGAGUCAUACAAGCGUUAGGCGACUUGCACACAACACUGCCACCAACACUAUCUCAGUCACAGGUCAAUUCAGUGAGGAAACACCUGAAAAUGCUCCUUGUGAAUCUCAUAAAGCAUCCGUCAUCGAAUGACAUGAUGCCGCAAUUGACGCAGCUGCUGAUAGAUAUAGGGAUGACGACACAGGAGAUUAAUAAGGCUAUACCUAAAGAGAGGAGGAAUAAACGAUUGGGCGAAAUCAAGAAUGGUGACACCCCUGCAAAGAGGAUUAGGAUAGAUUCUCCUCAGUCGAACAGCCAGGGAAGUGAUAGCAACAGCAACAGUAAGGCAGACUUUAACGCGUAUGAUGAUGACAGUCAACCCCCAGUAACAUCAACCAGCCAAAUAAGUACAGAAAAGUUGGUAGUAACGGAAGACUCGCUGUUCGACGGUCUUAACAAUGUUGAAAAUGUUGUUAACCUUGUAACAAGCACACUGGUCAACUGUCUACCCACUGAAAUGCCUUCUAACUUCAUAAGUGCCUACAAACCCAUCCCUAACUCGGGCAGCAAGGUACAGAAGAGGAAUCUAGCCAAAAUGAUUCUGGCUGUCAUCAAUAAAGAAGAGCCUGUAAUACCACAAGCACCAACUACCUCCUUAUCUGACUUGGCUGCGAAAAUACCUUUACUGAGAGAUGAUGAAGAAAAAGUGACCCUGAAAAAUGCUGUAGCUAAGUUACAAGAGUCUACCAAAGCCGAUAGACAGAUUGAAAGCGCAGUAUCGAAGCUUAUGGAGGAAACGAGACAGGAACACUUGAAGGAAGAGGAGAGAAAACAAAAGGACAAAGAGAAACCUGUCCCUCCGCCAACACCCACUGUACCAAAGUUAAAACAGAAGGUGAAGCUACUAAAACUGCAGGAAAUCACUCGUCCCAUCCCCAAACAGAUUAAAGAAAGGUUGAUAGUGCAAGCAGUUGGAAGGAUACUCAACGCGGAAACAGAAAGCAUUAUCGGUGGAGCUGCAAACAUACGUGCAAAGUUCAUAACAAUAUUCGCAUCAAGUUACACACCAGAAUUGAGGGAUUUGGUCCUUAAUUACAUAUUAGACGACCCCGCAAGCAGGAUCGACUUAGCUCUAUCAUGGUUGUACGAAGAGUACGCUUUCAUGCAAGGUUUUAACCGUCACCCAGUUACCUUACAACCCAAAGUCCAUGAGAAACACGAUCAGAAUUACAACCAGUUGCUCUGUGCGUUGAUCACUCAGAUUUGUGAAAGAGGUGAUCCGGUCAUGGAUAGUUCUAAGGAGAUGUUGUUAAAAAGGAUUUAUUCAGAGUGUCCAGUUGUUACUGAUGAGGCAGUCGAUUACUUGAAGCAUUUGGUGACGGAGGAUAAGGUGGCGUUUUUAGCUCUAGAGUUGUUGGAGGAGCUGUGUAUUAUGAGGCCACCGAGGGCGCAUAAGUUUGUGUCGUCGUUGCUUUGUCAUGUGUUGAAUGAAAACGAGGAAAUCCGCGAUGCUGCCCUGAAAGCUUCGGUGAAGAUCUACAAGCGCGGCACGGAGGCGGUCCGCAAGGUGGUGGAGAAGCACGCGCUGCUGUACCUGGGCUUCCUGUCGCUGGCGCAGCCGCCGCCCGAGCUGCGCGGGGCCCGCGUCUGGACCGACGACCUCUACCACGUCUGUCUCACUCUCGUCAUGGCGCUGCUCGCUGAGAAUGAAGAGUUGAUAAUCGAGGUGGCUCGUGUGUACGGUAGCGCGGGGUCGGAGGCCAAGCGCUGCGUGUUGCGCGGCAUCGAGUCCCCGCUGCGGGCGGCGGCCGCGCGCCAGCCCGCCGCGCUCAGCCCCGCCUUCAGCGCGCUGCUGGACGAGUGUCCGCGCGGGGCCGAGACCCUGCUCACCAGGCUCGUGCAUAUAUUCACUGAGAAAGCGCCCCCUUCGCCGGAGUUGGUGUCUAAAGUGCGGGAGUUGUACGCUACGCGGGUGUCGGACGUGCGGUUCCUGAUACCGGUACUCACGGGCCUGUCUAAGAGAGAGAUUUUGGCCGCACUACCAAAGCUUAUCAAACAAAACCCAAUGGUUGUAAAGGAAGUCUUCAACAAGCUGCUAGGCCUGCAGAAUCCACACGAUGAAAAUGCACCAGUGUAUAGUGUUAUGAUUUUCACUCCGGCCGAGCUCUUGGUGGCUCUGCAUCUUAUAGACCCGAGUAAGGCGGAUAUCAUGUACAUUAUCAAGGCCACAGCGCUGUGCUUCGCAGAGAAACAGACGUAUACACAAGAUGUACUAUCAGCAGUAUUACAAAGGUUAUCAGAGGAGCCAGAAGUCCCCGUUCUGAUGAUGCGGACGGUGUUGCAAGCGUUAACACUAUAUCCCUCUAUGGGGCCUCUCGUACUCAAUAUACUGCAGUUGCUUAUGGAGAAAGAGGUUUGGACGAACAAAGUAGUGUGGGAGGGCUGGGUGAAGUGCUGCCUGCGGCUGGCGCCUAUGUCGGGCGCGCUGCUGGCGGGGCUGGGGCGGCGCGCGCUGGCGGCGGCGGGCGGCGUGCCCGGCCUGCUGGCGGCCCUGCGCGCGCACGUGGCCGCGCUGCCG